AUGGAUUUCCCGCCAAUCUCGAAACAUUCUCGCCUCGCUAUUGAUAGUAUCUUCUUUGCUGCAAUUGAUGCUAAGUGUAGUGCUUGUGCUUCAAAAUGCCGUUUUUUCACUGUUCAUUUUCAUUUGCCUACUUAUUCCCAGCCUUCAGGCGGUCAUUGUGCUGACUUCGCACAGGUCGUCCUCGGUUCUGAUUUCAGCGCCGAUUUUGAAAAUCUCCUUGAUGGCACAUAUUCUUGUCUGAUCCCUAUGGUUCAUAGACCUUGGCUGACUGGUACCGACGCAGCAAACUUACUGAUACAAAAGUACGUUGCUUUCCCAAUCUUAUCAGAUACCUCUGCUUCUCUAUGGAUGCCACAUGAAAAGCUGAACUUGUUGCAAAGCAUUUCGCUGGAUGCGUAUCUUUGGGUUAGAGUAUCCUUUUUACAGGUGUUGUUUGCGGCUCUGAUCGUAAUCUCGGACGUUUCCGAUAUAGACACAUCGCUACGAGAAGCAUCGGAAGAACUGGGUGUCAACAUCGAGGAGCAUGUUGAUGAAAUCAUUGGGGUUUUGCCACCAACACUUGCAAAACAUGAACUACUAGUGGUGCCUGUAUUGGCAUUAAUGAAGGGAUAUCCUCCUCCUUUCUUUGCGGUCAGCAAUUCAGAAGUCGCAAAAACAUUCAUCGUCCCCUUGGAUAAGUUUCUUCAAUCCAAAUUCCAUUCAACAUUCGAGGGUAUUAUUAAAAGCAAAUGGAGCCCACGACCGCACCAACAACAUCCCUUUAGGGUUCAUACAUUUAACAUUGAGGACACAUGUGGAGAAUCGGUGCCCAUAAUAUGGGGAAUGACUGCUCAAAUCCUAAUUCAAAUAUCGCAGCUUUUGUAUCCAGACCGCAAGUCUGAAUUUCAAUUUGAGCCUCCGGAGGGACCCUCGUAUUCAGAAUUGGCCCAAGCAUAUUUUAAAUUUAAAAUAAAUUCAGCCAAGUAA